AUGCCUUGUGCCGGCAAAAACUUCCACCUGGCAAAUAGAUUGGCAGACCCCGAUGCCGAUUACCUGGCAGAUGCCCAAGAGACAGAGAAAAGGUCUCUGCUGCCUGAAGGUCUUGCAGAGCGAGGAUUAUUUGGUGAAGUACAGAACAGGACCAACGCAGGUGUGCUUCUGAGAGAAUCUGUGCCACCUCUGGCAGAUCCAUGUGCCCUGCCAAUGGAUGAAGGCUCCUGUCUACGGUACACUGUCCUCUGGUAUUACCACCAGGCGGCCAACAACUGCCGGCCUUUUAUAUUUGGAGGCUGUGGAGGGAACGCCAAUCAGUUUCCAUCCAAGCAGAAGUGCGAACUGUGGUGCAAGAAGACUACAGGUGCCAGAUUGACGCUCUCCGCAGUCAGUUUCCUCCCUUCCCACCCACGCCCUCAACGCAAGCAAGAGGAGAAUAACAUGCAAGCGAAAGGGGAGUUGAGCAAAAGUUCUGAGCCGCUGGAAACUUUUGCAGGAGACAGUUGCACGUUACCUUCCCUCACCGAGAAACCUCGUGGAUCUCGUUAA